AGGGUCUCUCAAAAGCCCAAAAUACUUCCAAGUUGGGGCUCGUUCUUCGUUUCCAGCCAUCCAUCGCCGACUGAUUUCAGGGAACAAAUUUCUGACCACCGCAUUCAAAAUCAUUCCAUUUCUUCAAUUUUCCCGUUGACUUUCAAAUCAAUUGUUCCUUUGUUUUUUGAUCCCAUCCUUACCUUUUUCUUCGCACCUUUGAUCUCUUCCUUCUUAGGGUUUGGACCUCUUCUCCGUCGUCUCAGAUCCUCAAUUUCACCGCCUGUUCUUCUUAUUUUUAAGACCUCACACACAAUCUUUGUUCGUUGGAGCCCUGUUUAAUUCAGUUCGCGACAGCGCUUCGUUUGCUGUACUUCAGACUAUUUCGUCCUUUUUUUGGUUUCUGAGAUGUUUGAACUGCGGAGGAUCGGAAGGACGGUAUGAUUCUGUUCUUGUUUUCGAUUUCUUCGGUUUUGUGGUUGAAUUUAUCUUCCUGUUCAUUCGACUGUUCUUGCUGUUCGUUCUGGCCGGAAUCUUCAAAUUUCUGCUGUGAUUGGAUUUAGAAGAAGAAGAAUCUUCAAAUUUCUGCUGUUCAUUCGACUGUUCUUGCUGUUCGUUCUGGCUGGAAUUUUCAAAUUUCUGCUGAGAUUGUAUUUAGAAGAAUAAGAAUCUUCAAAUUUCUGCUGAGAUUGGAUUUAGAAGAAGAAGAAUCUUCAAAUUUCUGCUGUUCAUUCGACUGUUCUUGCUGUUCUUGUGGAUUUGUUUGUGGUGGAGAUGGAUAGGAACAGGCAGAAUGAGAAUUUGGGAGUGAAUAAAAUGGGGAAGAACAUUAGGAAGAGUCCAAUACAUCAGCCUAGUUUUGGUAAUACUGCUGCUAGGCCUCAACCCCAGCCACAAAUUUACAAUAUAAGUAAGAAUGAUUUUCGGAAUAUUGUGCAGCAGCUUACAGGCUCACCAUCUCAGGAACCUCCUCCUCCUUCUCCUCCUCCUAGAGCUCCACAAAAUCCUCCAAGACCCCAAAGUAUGCGUUUGCAGAGAAUUAGACCUCCUCCGUUAACGCCGAUGAAUCGACCGAACAUGCCUGCUCCUCCUGUUCCUGGCUAUGUUCCUGUGCCUCCACCGCAGGGUUUAGUCAAUAACAAUAUGCAUAGGCCUGCUGCACAGUUUGCUCAGCCACCACCUCCAUUGGCACCGGGAGGAAACUCGCAUUGGCCGAACCCGGCUGCCGAGUCUCCUAUUUCGGCAUACAUGCGGUACCUUCAAAAUUCUAUGAUGAAUCCAUCUCCAGUAGCACAGCCACAGAUUCCUGGUCAAAUGCAUCCUCAAGCACCUCCAUCUGGUUUAUUGCCUAAUCCUAAUCCUAAUCCUAAUCCGCCUGUUCCUGCUCUUCCAUCCCCAAGAUUCAAUGGUCCUCCUCCACCCCCUAUGCCGAACUUGCCUUCACCGCACUGGAACGGUCCUGCCCUUUUACCGUCCCCGACUUCGCAGUUUCUAUUGCCUUCUCCAACUGGUUACUACAAUUUGUUGUCCCCUAAAUCACCCUAUCCAUUACUCUCACCAGGGAUACAGUUUUCUCCGCCAUUGACUCCUAAUUUUGCAUUUCCAGCCAUGCCUCAAUCCGGGAUCUUAGGUCCAGGGCCUCAUCCACCACCUUCCCCGGGUGUUAUGUUUCCAUUGUCUCCUUCAGGGUUUUUUCCUAUCAUGAGUCCAAGAUGGAGAGAUCAGUAAGGCACGCACGCACCCUCGUCGUCGUGUUAAUAGCUCCAUGUCUGCUGACAUUUUCAAGAUGGAUACCAAACUCAUGGUGUCAGCUAAGUAGCUCUACCCUUUUGCUGUUUCAUAUCUUUCUAUUAGUUCAAUUUUUUAACACUUUAAAUUGUAAAAUCCUUUUGCUUCUCAUUUUCGGUUUCCAAAAAUCUAAUUCUGUAACUUCUGUAAUGUUUUCUUUUUUCCUUUUAGGCAAAUUUGUAUUACUAUAUAUAACAGGAAGAACAGAGCUGUAGCAUUAGACAUAGGAUCAUAGAUGUCAAGUCGAUAGCUUGGUCGGUUGGGUCGGUCUAGUUGAAUAAUUGUCCAAUUCUCUGUAAGAUGAUGGAAUCAACAUUAUUUGGUAUCUGAGUUAUUUUUUUAGCUGGUUUAUAGAAGGAAAUGUGGUAAUACAUUUUUAUUGUUCUUUCCAAAUUAAGAACACCAUUUCGUGGCUUCAUAUUUCGUUUUAUGGA